AUGAAUCCGGCCAGCAACGAGUCUCCUUUAAUUCUGGAAGGCACGGAAUGCGCAAGCCAUCGGGACCAUGGCCUGGGCGUCGUCGGGGCUGCACUUGUGCUCACCAAAGUCAACUGGGGCAUCGGCAUGAUCGCGAUGCCUUUCUAUCUUCAUUCCGCAGGCCUUGCAUCCGGGAUCCUAUUCUUCCUUCUCAGCAUGCUCUUGGCCGUUGAUGCUGCAGCAGUUCUACAGCAACUGCAGAAAUGCUAUGACCCGACGGUGCGUGAGGCAUCCUAUGUGCUGGUCAUUGGAAGGUCCUUGGGCCGUGCAGGUGAAAACCUCACCGUGCUGUCCUUGAUCGUAGCGAACUGGGGCUCUGCAGUCGCGUGGCUGAAGUUCAUCGGAGACAACCUAUCGCGCUUCCUGCCGCUCCACAUGUCCAGUGCGGACUGGAUCCUAAUCGUAGUCGGGCCAGUCGCGCUUUCCGCAUGGGUGGAUGAGGUAGCCGUUCUGGAGCGCCUAUCGCAAUUGGGCCUGCUUGCAGGUCAACUGUUUGUGGUUCUUGUUGCUGUCCACGUUGCCCCUCACAUGCACGAGUUGCCGGACUACGUGGCCUCCGAGCCGUUCAUGCGGAUGGGCACCUUUCCUGUGGCCAUGGGGCUAGCGGUCUUUUGCAACGAAGGUUUGGUUGUUAUUUCACCGAGUGUGGCUGCUUCGAUGCAGAAGCCCGAGCUCUUCCGCUCCUCGAUCUUCCUCUCCGUGGCGUUUUUUUCCGCAAACUACCUGGUUCUGGCCGUGUGCGGGGAUUUCCUGUAUUCGUACAUCACGCAUGGUGAGGUUGCGCAGGAAGUCACAAUGUCGAAGGGGUUUGACUUGACAGCCAUCAACCGAGUUGCGGUGCUCUGCUACGUCGCACAACUCUUGUUCACGUUCCCUACCGGUCUUUUUGUCUUGUUCCGAAACUGGGAGGUACUCCAUCCCUGCCACAGCCAUGUUUGGAAAAGGGCUUGGAGAAGCGCGACGGUGCUGUCCAUAGCUGCUGUGGCCUUGGUGGUUCCACGAUUCGCCGAUUUCCUGGCAGCUGCUGGGGCCGUGGGCAACUCCGUUUGCAUUUACAUCCUGCCGCACUUAGCACUGCUAGCUGAGAGCCGAUCGAGAGGCAUCUGCGUGAGCCGCGUCCGCAUCGCAAUCUCAUGGUCUACCAUCCUGGUCUUCGGUGUUCUCUGUGGCGGGCUGGCAUCGAUCAUCUCCAUCCAGAAGCUUAUAGCGUGA